CCUGGAUUGUGAAAUAUUCCUUAUUUCCUGUUCAGCGUGAAUGGACAUGGCUUGUGUUUAUGAGUGUCUUUUCUUUCCUUUGUCAGAACUUAAAAGGGAGCUUUAAAAGGAAAAUAGAACUUUUCUGGACUGAAGAGGACAGCUUCCUAAGAAAAAACAAAAUGUCUCCUGAAUCGAAAAAGCUUUUUAACAUAAUUAUGUUAGGAGUUGCUUUUAUGUUUAUGUUUACUGCCUUCCAAACGUGUGGAAAUGUUGCGCAAACUGUUAUCACGAAUUUAAACAACACAAAUUUUCAUGGCAGUGGCUAUACCAGCAUGGCCAUUAUUUAUGGGGUGUUCUCUGCAUCAAAUCUUAUUUCACCUUCAGUGGUUGCUGUAGUGGGACCUCAAUUAUCCAUGUUUGUUAGCGGUCUAUUUUACAGCAUAUACAUUGCGGUUUUUAUCCAGCCUUUCACAUGGUCCUUCUACACUGCUUCUGUUUUCAUUGGGAUAGCAGCUGCUGUAAUUUGGACUGCACAGGGAAAUUGCCUGACGAUAAAUUCAGAUGAAAACACUAUUGGGAGAAACAGUGGAAUCUUCUGGGCACUUUUACAGUCCAGCUUGUUUUUUGGAAAUCUUUAUAUAUACUUUGCUUGGCGUGGGAAAACUCACAUAUCAGAGACUGAUCGCAGGACUGUCUUCAUUGCUCUAACCAUCCUCAGUCUCGUGGGCACAUUUCUGUUCUUUCUGAUUAGGAAACCAGAGGAGUCAAACACACUGGAGGAGGAAGUCUCCUCCACUGACCAAAGCAUUGUAGACAACUUGUCUGUCCAAAGCAAAGCGACGAGGGCAAUGGAUGCAUUUAAGAGAUCUAUUAAGCUAUACUUCACCAAAGAGAUUUUGCUCCUCAGUGUUACAACGGCUUAUACAGGUCUGGAAUUAACAUUCUUUUCUGGAGUAUAUGGGACCUGUAUUGGUGCUGUGAAUAGAUUUGGCACUGAAGAGAAAAGUCUUAUUGGACUCUCUGGUAUUUUUAUUGGCAUUGGAGAAAUUUUAGGUGGAGGAUUCUUUGGACUAGUGAACAAAGAUAAUCGCUUUGGCAGGAACCCAGUUGUGAUGCUUGGCAUUGUGGUCCAUUUUGUAGCCUUUUAUUUAAUUUUUUACAACAUACCAAAUGAUGCCCCCAUUGCUUCCUUUGAAGGAACAGAUAAUAGCGCUUAUAUGAAUCCAAGCAAAGAGUUGGCCAUUUUUUGCAGCUUUCUGCUGGGACUAGGAGACAGCUGCUUUAACACCCAACUCCUCAGUAUUUUGGGGUUCCUUUAUUCAGAAGACAGUGCACCUGCCUUCGCUGUCUUCAAGUUUGUCCAGUCCAUCUGUGCUGCAGUCGCAUUUUUCUACAGCAACUACCUUCUUCUUCAGUGGCAGCUCCUGAUCAUGGCAGUGGUUGGGUUCUUUGGAACAAUCUCCUUCUUUACCGUGGAGUGGGAAGCCGCAGCAUUUGUUGCCCGUGGCUCUGACUACAGGAGCAUUUGAUCCAGGUGCUCCAUCAGCCUGAUGUGAGGAGAUGCAUAGAAACAUAUUUAUUGAAAUGACUUGAGAAGGUGAAAAGAUAACAUCACAGAGGCCAGGAUGAAGGAAGCCUCUGUUAAAGCCCUUUCAGUGUAACUGAUAGGAACAGUCAUAAUGAAACAGAGAAAAACAAAAUGCCAAAAUGAAAAGGCUCUCUUUCUUAUUUUUAUCGACGAUGUGCAGGGUCACAAAAAUCGCGUAUGAGAAAAUGGAAGGAAAACUGGGGAUCUGUGCAUUGAACAGUUUUAUUCAGAUAUAACCCUUUGCUGAGUGCCUAUUUCUCUUAAUUUCUCUCUUUGUGAUCAUGUACUAUAGAAAUUCUACUUUCAGUCUUCUCAAAUAGUUUUAUUUUUACUUAGAUCCAAGCUCUGCAGACUCUUGUCUUGUAAAAAUUCCUUCUGUGUAUGAGUGAUAUUUUUAAAAUAAGAUACAGUGUGCUGCAGCAUGUCUACAUAUCUGAGAAACCAAUCAAACCCAUGGACUUCUGUGGCAAUAGAGGUGUUCUCAUUGAAACAUUUUGUGACGCUGUGCCCCUCCAUCCCUUGGUUCCUAAGUCUAUAACAUUGUUGAUACCCUAUUUUAUAGCUUAAAAUUUUAUCUAGACUCAGUUUUUAAAAAAGAGAGAUCUUAAGUAUUAUGGGCUGACGUGAAGUAUAUUAGAAAAAUUUGGACAAGAUUUUCUUUAUUUUAAGCUUAUCAGAAGGCUAAGUAAAGGCCAAGAUGAUUAAGGGCCUGAACCAGAGGAGUGUGGAACAACUGAAUCCCCAUUUAUAUCAACAGGUAUUAUGAGUGCUCAGCAUCUCUCAGGAUCAGGCUGUAGAUUAGGUUGGCUGCCAGAACGUUC